AUGAAUACAAGUGAUAGAAAAACUAACUACGGAAAGACUGCAAUGGCAGCAGAACUGCCUUCUAUUAGCAGUGCUACUAGCAUUUCUGAUAAUGUCGGUCUGAGAGACUACUAUGAUAAACUUCUUUUCAAAAAUAACAAUGGAAAGUCCCUUACAGAUUUGACGCAAAGGGCCACACAGGGGACAGCAGUGGUAAACAAUGGUGUAUAUGUUGCUAAUAAUGGAAACAAUGGAACAGUAACUGGCAGUGAAUCAACAGAAGGAAAAGAAGAGCUAUCGGCGAGUACUGGUCACAGUAGCCGUGUAGGCGGGGAUGGGCAAAAAAUGGACUUCAUUAAUGGGUUCAAUGGUACAAAUGGAAUGCGGAAUGGAUUUAGACUUCCAUUUAGCUCUUUCCAAAUGACACCUUCAAAUUCUGAACCGACUCCACCAUCCGCUUCCUUAUCUAUGACCCAGCCUCAAUCCAUGCUCCAACAACAGCAACAUCAACCCAUUUUCAAUUUCGACGAAGAAGCUACUAUGGGCUAUCAGCAAAAUAGUGCUUCCAUAAGUACUCCAGCUUUUUCUUUUGAUUUCGGGCCAAAUAAUCGUCAUCCCGUAAACUACUAUUCGGGAUCCUUGAGAUCCGAACAAAAUCCUAUCGAAUCAUCUAUGAAGAAUCUCUCUUUAGAGGAUCCUAAUUCACAGCAGUACCCGAGCGCUAGGAGAUCUUCAUAUAUAUCUGAUACUUUAAUUCAUGGUCAAGUAGGAUCCGCCCCUAAUACAUACGCAAAUUCGAUAUUCAACAUGCCUGGGGAUAAUGUUGCUCCAAAAACGAUGAAUUACCUCCCUGUAUCCGGGACAACACAAAUGGGUCAUCCACAACCGCCACCCACAGCGCCCCCAAUUACAUAUGGUAACGCGGUUCCUAACUACAAUCAACAGCGCCGUCAUACGCAGCCGGUGAAUUCGCUAUCAGCACCUUCGACUGCCAACGCAAAUUAUGGUCAUGCUCAGAUUGGUCAAGGAGUCUCAAGAAAUAGAUAUCUAAACUAUUCCAAGCAGCAACAACAGAGGCAGCAGGUAUCAGAUUCUUCAAAUGGUGAAAUGCUUCUGGAAAAUGGCCUAGUGUUACUCGCUUCCCAAAAGCUUGUAUCGUCAAGGGAUUUACAAGCACUAUAUAAGGACUGUGGAACUAAAUAUUUCUCCAGUAAACUAGUAUUCGAGUUCACAGAUCAUAUUAAGUCACUCCUGGGUUCAAAAGUGAGUACAAUCAAUGACAGUAGAAAACAGCCAUCAGUUCCCAGAUUUUUAGCAUUUUUGAAGAGUUGCAAUUUAAACUACAAUCCUCAGUCUGACGCUUUCGUAUCAGAUCCACAAGUUUCUCCAAAGAAUCACACAACUAAUGUGACAGCAAGUUCAGGCAACAAUAAUAUUUCUAAUAUCCCCGCCCAUGGUAAUGUUAGAGAAAGAAGAAGCAAUAGCACGUCUUCUUAUUUACAUUAUAAGCCUUUGGUUCUUGUUGCCUUGAAAAAUGGAAAACUGGAACUCUUAUCAACACCGCAGAACACGAAUAUAUCUAUGCAAAGAGGUGACCUAAUCAUAAUUGAUGGCGAUCGUGGUAAAGAUCUUGCUCUAGUGGUAGAGCCUGUUGUAAGCUUAGACCUGGCUCUAUUUGUCAAUUUUUUGAAAAAGAAAAUUCAUUUCGAUUCUUUGAUAACAAGUAAGUCCCAGCACCAUCCUAAUCAUACAUUUAUUCAAGCACUGAUAGAAUCAACGAAAGGACAAAGUGAUAAAUUGAACUCUAAACUUUAUGAUGUGAUAGAGUUAACCCAGUUGAUUGUGCCUUCAAAGCAGGUAUUGAGAUUUGCCACCACUUGGGAAGUUGCGACAAAUUUGCAUAAUAAAUUCCAGGAUGAAUUGAAAGCUUUGCAUAUCGCUCAAUUAAAAUUGCAGUCACUGAAUAGUGGCUUCACUCACCAUCACAACGCAAACUCUGUGACUUAUAAUGCACCAGCUUCUAAGAGUGAUGGGAACCCAGCCCCUCCUGGUUUAUCAAUAAGGCCACAGCUAAAUAUCAAAAUUCUGAAUGCGGAAUUCCAAUUUGAUAGAAAAAAAUUGACUUUUUACUAUGUCUGUGAGGAAAGGAAUGAUUUUAGAGAGCUAAUCAAAGAGCUAUUCAAAUUUUACAAAACAAGAAUUUGGUUAUGCGCAAUUCCAAACAAUUUAGGAAUUGACUCCAAAUAUUACGAUUCACAGCGGAAAGAACUGCAGAUGUACCAAGAAAUGAUGCAGCAUUACGCAGCCGAAGAUCUUACUGAUGCAAAUGCUCAACAAGGAGGGGGCUUUAUUGUUGCACCACCUUUAAGUAAGAUAGAAUUGGAUAAUUUUCAAAUUGGUGUUUACAAAGAAUUGGUUUUGGAACUCUUCGGAUAA